GCACAUUUAAAGAAAGGCAGCCGGUGAAAAGAGGCAAGAGAGAAGAAGAAAGAGAAACCAGGGGGGCGAGGUGCCGUCCAAUGACAAAGCCCAGGGGUGGGCGCUGGCCGCCAUCUUGUACCGGGCGGCAGGAUAUUCGCCCGCGUCCUCCGCCCUCAGAGGGGGAGGGGCGGCGGCAGAGGCGAGAAAAGUAGCUACAGACGCCAGCAGCGGCCGCCGCCGCGGAGCCGCCGCGGAGUGGGACGGCAGCGGCGGCAGCGGGACCGGCGAGUACGAGCGGCCUUGGAUGCGUCGCAGCAUGAAGAGGCGGCGGCGCCGUCCCCCGGUCGCCCCAGCUGCGGCCGCCCGGGGCGGCGGCUUUAGGGCAGAAGACGGGGCCGGGCUGGAGGCGCGGGAGGAGAAGGUGGUGUACUCGCGGUCGCAGCUGUCGCUGGCUGACAGCACCAAGGCGCUGGGCGACGCCUUCAAGAUCUUCAUGCCCCGCAGCACGGAGUUCAUGAGCUCGGACGCGGAGCUCUGGAGCUUCCUCUGCAGCCUCAAGCACCAGUUCUCUCCUCACAUCCUGCGCAGCAAGGACGUCUACGGCUACUCCUCUUGCCGGGCCCUGGUGCCCGACCCGCCGUUACCCCCCACUGCCCGCAGCCAGGCGCGCCGGCCGGCACCGCGCGCCAUGGCCAGGAGGAGGCGCCGCGGAGCCCAGGCGACUGCCGCCCGCAGGAGGAAGCCCCAGCUGCCACCCGCGCCGCUGCCAGCCCCGGAGGAGAGCUGCCCCGCCAAGCCUGUGGUUCCCGGGCCCUGCUUCGGGGGCCGCACCCUGGAGGAGAUCUGGAGGGCGGCCACCCCGACGCUGACCACCUUCCCCACCAUCCGCGUCGGCAGCGACGUGUGGGGUGAGCGCAGCCUGGCGGCGGCGCGGCGCAGGGCACGUCAGAUCCUGCAAGUGAAUCUGGAACCCAUGGUGAGGCUCCGCCGCUUCCCGGUGCCCCGAGCGUGAGGCGCAGCCUCCGUAGCGCCUCCUGCCGGCUCCGACCCUGGGACAGAGCUUCCGCCCGGAGGAAUGAACAAGUGUCAGUCGAGUGUUUACAGAUCCGGCCAGGACCCCGGCCCCCAGUGCACUUUAUGCGCGAAGAAGUCACCAGAUGGUUGUCCCUGCUCUGCGCCCCCGGGCCGUGGCGCCGUCGUCUUGGACUCCGGGGCAAGUGUGGCCUCUGCUGCCUCCCUCACCCAGCCUGCAGAUGGAGGGGACAGCCGGACCCACAGGGGAGGUCCCUUCCUGACCCCAGAUUGAGACGUCUCCAGGACCUUAGGGUUUUCUCCCUGUUGGACUCUACCUCACUGAUCUGGAAGUCCUCCGAAGAAGACAUUAUUUUUCCAAAGGAAUUUGGUUUUGUGCUUGUAUAAUAAAGCCAGAAUUUACUUGCUCUUUAUCUCUCCCUUUUUUUCACUGCCACCCUUCUUUCUGGACAGAAGUUCGAACAUGUGGUGUUGCACUAGUUCGUGCUCAGGGUAUUCUGAAGCCCACUUGUUUCCUAAUUUUUACUGGAUUCCAAAGCUUUGAUGAGGAUAUUUUUUAAGAGGUUCAAGCUUGUGAAUGUUAGUAGUGUAAGGAUUUGUAUGGGCUCAGUGAUUACAAACAAAGACAUGCAAAAUAUAACUUUAAACAUUUUCAAGGCGUUUCUAAAGGUUUUGUAUUGAAACUUAAUGUUUAUAUUUACUGAGCUCCUAAAAAUGGUAGAAUACACAUGAAAACUUUUGUUUAGGAAAAAUUAACUUGUUAAAUUCUCUUGAAUUGAAUAAAAAAAAAUGCAUUGAAACCAUAUGGCGUGUGAUUAAAAAAAUGAGCGAAUUGGGAAGAACCGGCUUUGGUUGCAAGAGUGACUGGAAUCUGACUGGAGAUCAUUUGGCCCCUCUCCUGGUCUAACAUACAAAUCCAGGAAUAUUACGCAUUAAAGUAUUAUGUAUUUUAAAUUACAUUACAAGGAAAAUGUAUUUUAAAAUGGGACUUGCAUAGGAGAGAUGCUUGUGUGUAAACAUUAUGACUAAAAUGAUGUACAGAAUACCCAUUAGAGUUCUGAGAACUAUUAAUGAUCAAGAGGGGUGGAGGCAUUUCUUGAUAUCAAAUAACUGGUUGAGGUUACUUUGGGUAAAAUCUAUUUCCUUUUUUUGUUGUUGUUGGAUAACAAGAAAUGUCUAGACUAAUAUUUUUUACAAACAUCAUGAAUAUUAGUUGACUUUAAGUUGACUUUUUGGUCCCAUCAUUUUUUUAACCUUCUUGCCACUCAUGUCUGCAGUUCUAGGUCUUUGACAGCUGAAGACCACAGCAAUUAAACAGGCGAGCCACGCAGGUUACUGACCCUGUUGCUUUACGCUUUUAUAGUGUUUAUACCAUAUGGCCCAGUGUGGAAUUCUUGAUUAUCCAAGUGCCUUUGGUCAUUUGUGGCAGGAAGACUUAAUGGUUUUUAGCCAGUGGUGCCACAGCCAGCUUUUACUGCAAUACCUAAAGGGUCAAGUAGUGUUUUUGUACCACUAUUAUUUGAAAUUUAAAUAUUCUGCCAUAAAACGAUCCAUACUGGGCUGGAACUUGACAUGUGAAAUCCUUAAUGCUAAAGUUUAUCUCUGCUUGGCAGCUUCUUAGGACAAUAAUGAGAGUUGCAAUUUUAACUCUUGUGUUCCUAGAAUUCAAAUGGCAUAGCUUUCUGAAAUGAAUAUUUCAAGUUUAGUAGUCCAUAUAAGAGUGUUGUGACUUUAAUUUCAGUGUUUUUGUUUUGUUAAAAGAAUACACACACACACACACACACACACACACGCACACACGUAUAACUUUAUGCCAAUUUUCUAGUAAGCCUUGGUCUUUUAUUCACUACUCAAUGAUAAUGCAUUGUUACAAACACUGUCACAUGAGUAAACAAAAAUGAAUAAUUAUUUAGAAGAUGGAGAAUGUUAAAUUAUAUUUGUGAUAGGAAGCUGAGACAUAUUCUUUCGGUUAUUAGCUUCCAUUACCAAUUGUAUUUCAGAUGCAUAGGGUUUUCUUCCCAAAAAUAUAUUGUUAACUUUUAUAGCUAACUAGCACCUGGAAAAAAAUGUAUUUGUACAACUUCACUAUUGUAUAUAGUUUUAUAAUAAUUACAAAUAAAUCAAAUGGCCAUAUUAGAAUGUAAUUUCAUCAUAUAGCUUAUCUAGAUAGUUUUCCAGAGGAUUUUGAAAUUCGGCUUACCUGGGAGGAUAGCUGCUCAGCACACAAGUGAGACAUAACCCUUGACACCAUUCAUUUAUUGUAACUGAGAUUCUUGACAUUUUUCUCUCCUAUGCCUUGUUACUUUAGCCUACUUGAACUCCUAAAUGCUUAUUUGGAUUAUUUGGGGUAUCUGAUGCCAUUUUGGAUCUGAUUUUUCAUCUUGAAUUCAAUAUGGUGUUCAUCUGGGCUAUUAAAAAAUUAUGCCAUUUCUAGUCUGUGAAAUAAGAUGUAAAAUAUCUUUAUUUUUGCUGUUUCCUCUGGUAAAAACCUAUGUUACAACUUUUAAAAUGUGAAGCAAAAUCUUAUAUAGUUGACUGUACACUAAUAGGAAAGUGAAAGUAUUUCAUGGGUACUUUGGGGCCGAAUGUGAAAAUAAACUUGGCAUAGUGGCCUUUAUGAUGAGGCAUCCACUCACUGUCCUCUAAAGUGAAGUCUGUAAUUUACUUAGCUUGUGUAUAGCUUUUGAAAGAAAUCCCACGAUCUUCAUUCAUUCUCUUGCCUUCUCUUAUAUCUCAUAUGGCACAAGUAGAAGGGGAAGCCAGGAGGAAAUUCAUCACCUUGCUAUGCUUUUAUUUGAUUUUUAACUCCUGAGUGCCUAAAUGUGGUGACUGGCACCUCACAUAACCUUUUGAGAUUCCUGAUGUCAUUUUUAUCCUUUUGGUCAACCAGCAACAUAUUUUUAUGUUACUAAAACCAGUAACAUCAUAAUUGUUGACGCCAAGCUUCAUUGUUGAUAGUGCAAAGUGUCGCUGUUGUGGUGUGUAUUUAUUUUGUUCAAGUUUGAAUACUCUAUUGACAAGCGUAACUUAAGCUGGUGACUGACACCUAUGGAUCUGCUGUGUGCAAAUGAUAGUACUAUUUUUUAAAAAACUCUUUAGUAAAUUUUAAAAAUAUUUGAAUACAAAAUAUCUGAGCAGUUUUGAACUCAAAAGUUUUUCAUUGUUUUAAGGGUUGCCACAGGACUCUUUAAUGGUUUUUAAUGGACGUAUAUGCCUAAUAUUUACUUUAUUGGUGUGUUUAAAAUAUUUUUUGAUAGACUAUUAUGUCUUAAGUGCAUUAGAAAACAAUUGUUUGUAAUGGAAUCGAAGUGUUUCCCUGGACAGUUUGAUGUGCAUAUGGUUAAGAUUUAUAAUCUGCUUGUACUUUGCUUUUUAACUUAUUAACUGUAAAUAAAUUUUAGAGAAUA